AACAUUCUCGGGGAAUGGACAUCACAAGCCUGAUUGGAAACGUUGGAGCAAGCGCUACUGGCUCGAUUAUCUCGAAAGUUGUCACGUUUCCCCUUGAUACCAUCGCCGUCCAAUACCAGACGUCUACUCGCCGCCCACUUCUAUCUAUCCCACUGAGAGCAUACUAUCGAGGCAUCGGCGUGACGCUCAUAACUGUGACCCCGGCGACUGCACUUUACCUUACCACCCGUGAGGCCGCCCAGAUCGCCCUCCUCCCACACCUCGGCGAUGGCUCUAUCAAUGACGCGCUCUCGGGUUGCAUUGCGGAGGUUGCAGGUAGUGUGCUCUUCACACCGAUGGAAGUCCUGAAAGCUCGGCUACAGAUCUCUCGCUCUGGUGAAGAAGGCAAACUGCUGUACCAACUGCGUGGAAUUGCGAAGAAGGAGGGAUUUCGGGGGUUCUACCGAGGAUAUGUGAUGGGGAUUGCGAGUUAUCUUCCAUUUAACGUUAUAUGGUGGACCACGUAUGGGAACAUCAGGCGGAACAUGUCGGAGAGAAGCCAUGUAGCCCAAAUUGCAUGCGGAGCGGGGACUGCUGCUAUGGCUUCUGCCGCGUUCAUCCAUCCGUUGGAAUUAGUGAAGACGAGGUAUCAGGUGGCAACCAGCGACACGGUGGUGGCUGCAGGCGCGGUAGCAGGCUCAAGAAAUUCAGAUCAAGAGGGGCUGAGACAGGUUGCUCGAAAUGUGAUGAAGGAAAAUGGGGUCAAAGGAUUUUAUGCAGGCUUCCUCCCGACCUUGUCGCGAAGCGUGCCAAGUUCGAUCAUCAUGAUGAUUGUGUUUGAGCAUUUGAAGGCGGAAAGAAAGGAGAAUGCUGAAUCUGUUUUAUGAGUUGGCCCACAGAGGUACUGACAGUUCAUAGAGGUACAAUCCAAGUGUAGAGAAUAGAAUAUCGAUUCGCAUCGCCAAUCUACCUAUGUCGAUCGAAUUUAUCGAGUGUCCGUUAUUGUGAAAGCGUCUCGACUUCUCGAGAGGGGCAAUCCGCUGGGUGAAGCAUGGGGAACAAAGACGGGGAAAAGGAGU